GGCCACACCACCACGCCCACGCGGCCACCAGAACCAGACGGCGAGGCGAGGCGACACCCCUCUCCCCUGUCCUCUCCCUCCCCUCCGGCCUUCCCCUCCACCUCGGCUUCCCUCUCCUCCCAAAACAAGGAGCAGUGACAGCGUGCGCGCGCGCCACGAAAGCGGGUGGAACCUCGCCGCCUCCCGCGGCAGAUCUCGCGCCGAGCCCUGGUUUCGACGCGAGAUCCGCGCCCGCGUUCCGCCGCCCCCCCGGGUGGGUAGGCAGCGCCGCCGCUCGCCGUCUCCAUCACGAAGCAUUACCAGGAUUACACUUCCACCUUGAAGAUGAUGAUGGGAUUACUAGCGUUUGAGAGCCACCAGGGGCUCUGGAACAGCGGAUACUAUUCACAGUUGUUUGGAAUUGGAGGAGUUCUGAUCACUCUUACCAUUCUUAUGUUAUCCACGGGCUACUUUGGGGGAAUCGGUGCUCCAUUUUCUCCAUUUUUCUGGCCAUAUCUAGGACAAGUGCCAAAGAAGAGGGAACGCAAAAGGCCUGUCAGAGUGUACAUGGAUGGAUGCUUUGAUCUCAUGCACUACGGCCAUGCAAAUGCAUUGCGGCAGGCUAAGUUGCUGGGAGAUCAGCUUGUAGUUGGAGUUGUCAGUGAUGAGGAGAUUGUGGCAAAUAAAGGUCCACCUGUCCUUUCCAUGGAAGAGAGGUUGACUCUUGUUAGUGGCCUGAAGUGGGUUGAUGAGGUCAUUCCCAAUGCACCGUAUGAGAUAACAGAAGAAUUCAUGAAUACUCUCUUCAACAAGUACAACAUUGAUUACAUUAUUCAUGGAGAUGAUCCUUGUCUUCUACCUGAUGGCACUGAUGCAUAUGCGUUAGCGAAAAAGGUCGGGCGCUACAAGCAAAUCAAGCGAACAGAAGGUGUCUCUAGCACUGAUAUAGUUGGGAGGAUACUGCUAACAUUCAAGCAGAAAGAUGCUGGCACUGAUUUAAAUGUUGCCAUUGCUGAAAAGGCUGGAGAGAAAUCAAACGAUGAAGUGAAAAGUCAGCUAUCUCAUUUUCUUCCAACUUCUCGCCGGAUCAUGCAGUUUUCAAAUGGGCAGGCUCCCUCGCCAGGUGCUCGUGUUGUCUAUGUAGAUGGUGCAUUUGAUCUUUUCCACGCUGGCCAUGUCGAGUUCCUCAGGAGCGCUAGACAACUUGGUGACUUCCUACUUGUGGGUGUCUAUGACGACCAGUCUAUCAGGGAUAGAAGAGGCUGUCGUCCUAUAAUGCAUCUCCAUGAGCGUACUCUUAGUGUUCUUUCCUGCCGCUAUGUUGAUGAAGUCAUUAUUGGUGCGCCAUGGGAAGUUUCUAAGGACAUGAUCACUACGUUUAACAUUUCAUUGGUUGUCCAUGGGACUGUAGCUGAGGGCAAUUCAGCUGGUGAAAUUGAUCCUUAUGCUGUUCCAAAGAGCAUGGGCAUUUUUCAGACAAUCAGGAGCCCAAAAUCUAUAACAACAUUGUCAGUGGCGACAAGAAUAGUUGACAAUCAUGAAGCUUACAAGAAGAGGAACUUGAAAAAGAAGGCUAGUGAAGACCGGUACUACACACAAAAGAAAUUUGUUUCUGGAGACUAGUGCUGCACAUAUUUCUGCCAGUAGUCUUAGGAAAUGCAUGCGCCACCCAGUGUUGAUGUUAUUCUACAGCAGAGACUGGAACAGAUAAUCAGCAAUAGAAAGGUCACAACGAUAGAUUGACAGCCAAGCAAUGGUGGGGAUUGUCUGGAUGGACCAAGCUAGGAGAGAAAAAAAACUGUCACAUUCUUCUGCUGUCGCCCUUUUAGGAACGCUCACAUGACAUGAAGAGUUCACAUAAAUGAUUCUUUUUUUGACUUUGUUAUCCCUGGAGCCUGGAGGGGAUAUAUAUAUAUAUAUGUAGCUGAAGGCCUUCAGCAAAUCAUUGUUGUAUACUUGUGUGUUAGUGAUUAGCAUUGCAUACUCCCUGAUUGUACCAUGGUAUAUUGAAUGUUUAUACUGCUGAAAAAAAAAGGACCUUGUGAUGGUCAGAUGUUUAAUUUAUUUUUUGACAGUCU